CGUAGCUGUUGUUGGACCAUUAUAAAGACAGAUACCACCGGCCGGAAAUCUAUGCGUUGUUCAGGCGAUCAUAGUAUAGUAGCUAAACCUGGGAUGGAUCAUCUUUCAACGGAAAAUUUGUUCUCUGAAAUGGAGGAGGUGGAGGAUGCAGCUUUUUUGAAUGAAUGGAUGGACACGCUCGACAAUAAUUUUGUUCAUUUUUAUCCAAACGAUCCCUUCUUUCCACCAGCUUAUGGAACGGAAAAUAGUGACGGCGGCGUUAUACGGAAGCCGGCGGUGAUGAACUCUGUUCAGUGUCAGCCGUCGGCGUCCUCUUCCUUCGCGGACUCCGCCGUCAGCCGCAACCCUAGUGGCGGCAUCGAGAAUCCGGCGGUGAAGGUGAAGAUGAAGAUGAAGACUGAGAUGGAUCACAGGGAGUCUUCGGGGAAAACUAUGAUUAGUUUUAUGCCGUCAUCGUCUCAUUAUUGUUCCGGCCGCGGUAACGACGACGAGCACCGCGAGAGCCUAAUCCGGACGAUAGAGUUUGGGGAGGGGAAGGGGAAAAAGGGUUCCGCCAUUAGAUCCCCUCUGCAAGCUCAAGAUCAUGUUUUGGCUGAAAGAAAACGACGAGAAACGCUUACACAGCGAUUCAUAUCCUUAUCUUCCCUCAUUCCUGACCUAAAGAAGGUUAUUAGCAAUUAUAUAUAUUUUACCUAA